UAAAAGUUAAACUGACUUCUAUAGUAAAUAAAGCACGGUGUCAAUACGAUAGGGUUCUAGAGUGGCCUAGGAUUCUGAUCGGUUGACUGUACAUCCCAUUUGAUUGUUAUAUCAAUGUUUUAUUUGGCGAAGACUGGUCGACCGAUUGUGAACCGUUUUUUCCACUUAUCGGGCCGUUGUUACCAGUAAAACUCAAUUCACGGACCUUGACUUUUAUUAAGAAGUUUCGUGACUUUUAGUUACCGCCUAGUAGUCCAUGUAUUCUGAAAAAGUAUAUUUUAUAUUUUUUGUCUUAUUUGCUGCUUGCUGGACAAGCUCAAUUGCUUGCUUGGGAAGUAGAGAUCGCAAUAAAACAAAUAUUUUACUUCAAUAUUUUCCUUGCCAGUGGCUGGACGGCAUAAUUCCCUUCGUUUUCGAUUUUUACGCCAUAAACUCCAACCGUCUCCUCAAAAUCAUCCGUCAAGGCCACGAGCUCAUCCAAAACCAAUCUUGUCUGGUCUUCAACGAGCGUAACCCUAUCGCGAUGGCGCAAAGUCGGAAUAGUUUCCACUACCUCUACUACACCUACUCGAAUGCUCUGGAAGACUGCUGCUACGCGCCCAUUGAUGUUCGGUUUGGUCGGCGGGUGGUGCUAAUAUCUCCAGGGUGCAAGGAGCCGCACGAGAUCGCCCACGUGACGCUGCACAUGCUCGGGCUCCGGCACGGAGACAGCAGCCCGUUCCCCGCGGCCGAGGUCAACGCCGUACUCUACCCGGGACACUGCCAGGUCCAGGGGGCGAGGGCUAAAGGGGGCCCUCCGUAUUCUGGUAGUGAAUAAAGUGAGAAUGUUA